AUGUUUAACAUCUUCAGAGUCUCGGGAGAUAUUGCCCAUUUGGUCUCCCAUAUCAUUCUAAUCCACACAAUCGAGAAGAACAAAUCGGCAAAGGGUAUCUCCUUAAAGACCCAACUACUAUACGCCCUCGUCUUUAUAACGAGGUACUUGAGCUUGCUAGUGCUCGAUUUUGGGUCCUUCUAUAACACAAUUAUGAAGAUCUUCUUUUUGUCAACAACUUUUUAUUCAAUCUACCAAAUUAAAAAAUACACUAAACAAAUCUCUCAAUACAUAGACAACUUCCCCAUUCACUACUUGAUUCUCCCCUGCUUCAUUCUCUCCCUCCUAUUCAACUACAAGUUCUCCAUCCUUGAAGUCGCUUGGAGCUUCUCUCUCUGGCUCGAAUCGGUCGCCAUCUUACCCCAGUUGUUUAUGCUUCAAAGCCAGGGCGAAGGCGAUCUCUUGACCAUCCACUACAUCUUUGCUCUCGGCCUCUAUAGGGCCCUCUACAUCCCAAAUUGGAUCUACAGGUACUUUGCAGAAGACAGAUUCGACAUCAUCAGCAUUGCCGCUGGUAUUAUCCAAACCCUUGUUUACUCAGACUUCUUCUAUGUCUACUAUAACAAGGUCAUCAAAAACUCCCUCAAAUUACCACAGUAA